UUUAUAUUUUAAAUUGCCCGAGAUUUAAUCAAAAUGGCGGGCAAAUUUGGUGGUUACGAAGAUGAUGACGACGUCCUCGCGCCCAAGGAGCCGCAGGUCACGUCGCAGGAUCCCGACGAACGAAAGGCAGGCAGGGCUUUGCGCAUCAAACGUAGGCAAGAAGCUCUCAAAAGAGCUGAACAACCAACUGAAGAGAUUUUGAAAGAGGAAGAGCCCGGGCCGAUAGAACAAGCGACCACAGCCGCUGCCGAAGAGUUGCAACGCUUGGCUUUAGAUGGAGCGGCCAAAGUUACCAACGUUAAAGUCACAACUGACGAACGCGAAGUCGAAAGACGCGCGCUUUUCUCUAACAAAAUGAUAGAUUCGUUACAAAAGUUAGAACUAGAAGCAGCUGAUGCACAAACGCAAUACGAUGCCAUAACAGCAAACUGGGACACAAUGUUCGAAAUUAAGGACCCUCUUGACAUUGAGGCGGCCAUCAAAGACCAGAAACGGAAAUGCGACGACCUUCUGUCUCAAAAGGACAACAUGAUCGAUCUAUUAAAAAGUGAUUUGAAGAAAAUGGAUUUGGCGUACUAUAAAGAUUUAGAAAAGCAGGACAACGAUAUAAAGGAACUUUCAGACAGAAUCGAGAAGCAAAUCACCAUAAUGCAGAGAGCCUAUGAAAAACAAUUGUUUCUGAUAGAGCAAGCUAUAACUAUAGAGCGCGAAGUUUUGGUGGACCAUAACAAUAAACGAUGGGAGGCCCUUUACAAACAACGUGACAAGGAGGAAGUGGCACAUAUGGAAUAUAAGUACGAACAGCUAGAGGAACAUAAAUUGGAAGUGGAAGCCAUAAUGUGGGACCAUCAUGCUAAGUACCGGGAAGCGAAAAUAGACUUAGAAACACUGAUACAGGAACUUCAGAAGGAAUUGGAGAAACUUAAAGCAACCUGUGUUAUAAAUACUGAAAAAAUUGGAUACACUUAUCAAGUGCUUAAAAAGAGGGAAGAGGAAAACGUUUUUGUAAGAUCGCAACAGAAGAGGAAGCUAAACAAAAUGUCAGAUGUCGCCAACACUCUCCGCUCCAAAAUACGUAAAGCGGCUGAAGAUGGCGCGCUCGAGGAGAUCAGGGCUGAUGCAGAGAUCGUGAAGCUGAUGCAAGCAAUGGAUGACUUGGAGAAGAAGUGUCGACACUUCUCCCACGUUAAUAACUACAAGUUUUGUCAGGUGUGGCGCAUGUCUGCGGCGCGGUGCGGCGCGCUGUUGCGGCGCGUGCGCGCGGCCGAGGUCGCGCUGCACGCGCACGUGCUCGCCGAGCCGCCGCCGCAGGCUCCGCCCCCGCCGCCUAAGAGCCCCCUCGCUAAACAUGAAUUUCCUCUUAUUGACACCACCGCAUCUCAAGUUGACAAUGUAUACGCGACAGAGAAUAAGGCCUUAGGAGAGGCUAAAGAUAAUUUGGUUCGCCAUAUUCUUCAGUUAGUAGCUGAUAACACAGGGUUUUUGGUGGAAGAUCGUUUGUUGAAACUGCUUGAGAAAUAUCCUCUGACUUCGCGCAAUCUCUGCACCCUGGACUCUAUUUUUAUGGCUCUAGAAAUUCAAGCCAAAGAAGAUAUAGAAUUACUGUGUAAAGUAUUCCUAAACUACGCCUUCUGUCCAAUAUGUGUUGGUUUGGAAGCGGCUUCGGAAAUCAUGGACGGUUCAACGGUAGAGCCGGGCCCUUCAAUCCAGGAUGACUCUCAUCACGUCAGCAUCAGUGUGAGGGGCUUGCGCGGCGAGCGCUCGUCCACGCGGGCUCGCUCCAGCGUGCACAGGAGUAUAUCCGCUAGUACCAUGCGCUCCGGACACGUUGCAUUUAAGGGACACGAAUUAUCUCCUGACGACCAACUUAUGAUGGCAGAAGCUGACGAAAUUAUACAGAAGUGCGGCGAUCCAAAAGUUACUAUAGCCACUGCAGAUUCGACUUCGGAAGCUGGUUCUUCGUCAGGAAAGCGUGUUCGAGGAGUGACAGUCUCAGAGCAACCAACGGUUGUCACCAAGAAAUCUAAUCCAUUUCUGUGUCCAAUGGGUCAUCAUUUAGAAAUAGAGUCCAUGCAAGUGUUGACUGCUCUCAAUGAAUUUAUGGCUGUUUUUGUCCCCCCUGACAAACGGAAGUUGUAUGAUAUAUUGGACAGUCUAAAACCGCCAGACUUUACGACGCCAUCUCGCAAGUUGACAACUCAGGAAAUAGAGGAAUACUGGUCUCAGUGGAAGAGUUUGUUCCCACCGGAGAAGGACCGCUUUUGGGAUGGAUUGCUCUCGGGCCUUAACAACUACCUCACAAUACUACAAGAGCGCGAGCGUAUCCACUCGGACGUGGUGCAGCUACGUCAGAGGAACGCCGCCCUGCGGAGACUGGUGCGCGGCGCGCUGCCCGAGCUGCCGCCCGGCGCCCCGCGCUUCGGCCGCGCCUCGCUCGCGGCCUUCACCGCCACUGUGGAGGAUGACGCACCGCUCCCAUUCUCCUCGAAAUUACCACCCAUAUAAUAUUUCCCAUCCCAAUUUCAAUAAUAAAAAAAAUAACGUUACAA